AUGGUGAGGCAGAUGCUGAAGGACGCGGACUCGGCAGAGAGGGGACCUGCUCCUCCAAGGCCACGCUCUGCGCAGGCCAAGUCCUUCAAGGUACCGCCGGCACCCGCGAACACCUUUCGCAGGCCAGCACGUCCAUCGAAACGUGUCCAUGGUACAUUGAGCCAGGGGGACCGGCCAGCAAAGUCACGGAGGACUCGCAGUCCGUCGCAUCGUGGCCAUGACCAGCAGCCGCCGCGCCAGCAUCGCCUCUCGCUGCUGGAAACGCUGCCGGUGGAGAUCCUCGAGCAGAUCUUCCUGCACUCGCGGAACAUGAAUUUCCCGCGCGCAUCGCCCGCUCUGGCCGCUGCCGUCUCCAGUGAACGCAUCUACCGGGUCUUGAUCCUGCUCGCCUUCUGGGAUGAUGAUAUCCAGGGUGUCGAGCCCAGUCCCACCCCGGCCAUUGCUCGCCUUUUCGCGCCGUUGGAAUACACCCCUCUGCGCAGCAAUGAACGCGCUCAGCUACAGGAUGCGGUUUUUCGGUGUGCAUGGUGCACCCUCGACCGCGUCCACGCACAGCUAUCGACCCUGAUGGCCUUGACCGUCCACCGCCACUGGUUCGGCGACGGCAUCGUCAUGGAGCCAGACGAGAAAGAUGAUUUGCACAGACUUCUCGCUCGAGAAUACGAUGGCCACCGUGGCUUUUCUGGUUCCAGAAGGUCCGGACGUAGAACGACACUGAGUAUCGUAUCCUUGCUCGCUGUCACAAUCCCAUUCUCUAACCCAGCGAGGUUCACCACCGUGAGUCUGUUCAAGCUCCCAAGCCAUCUCAUCCAGGGCCGCCGUCGUGGCGGAUUCUCAGAGGAGAAUACGAACUUCCUCGAGAUGUUGCGCAUAACAUCUGGAAUUUACAGUAUCCCGUAUUAUCAAGGUGGCCAUCACACCCCCGUGGUGCCAGAGUUCAACCGCGCAGCCUUGCACCACGGAGUCCAAAUCGCCAUACGCCAGCGAAACAUCAACGCCGUGACCUGUCUGCUCAAGAUCGAUGAAUUCGCAAACCGCUUCUCCACGAAGGGCAGGGAACUCUACCUCAUCCCCCCGGACCACUUCCGCGUCGCCGUGCGAAUCAGUCGUCAGAAUCUCGAUCCAACUCUUUUCCAGACUCUCUUCCGCGCAAGCGCCGAGUCUAUCCCAGCGGACGACGAGGAGAUUACGCAAUGGCUCGUUGAAAUCAUCGAGCGCGGCACAGACGAGGCGCGGGCGUUUGCCCACUGGUUCUUCGAUUUCAUGCUCUCUUUCCCGACCCAUUUGAAAAAUGCGCAGCAGCAGCUGGGGCAGCAGCCACACGAUUCACAGCUGUUCUAUUUCGGGGAGCUGAAUUGUGGAACUCAGAUGGGGGCGAGGUAUUUGGUGGAGGUUUUCCAGCCGUACGCUGGUCCAGGGGAAAAGAUGCGCAAUUGGAUGCGGGAGACGUUUUUUGAGCCUGUGACCAAAGGCUAUGGAAGGGUGAUGGAGUGCUGA